UCAGGGACAGCAAAUGCAUUUGCAAUUGGACAAAUAUUUCAUGCAGUAGAAAAAUAGGAUUAUGUAUAAGAACAGCAAUAGUAUUAUAUAUGAGUAUAAAAUACAUAAAUCUAGAGAUAAAAUAGGAACUUUAAAAUCCAGGCAAAGGUUAAACAGGUAAAAAUGACAGAUUCCUAGGAUGUAGCUUUCCAUAGCUGAUGAAAACACAGGGCAUAAUUGGGGAUCCUUAAGUUUUCUAAGACCGGAUACUCAACUUUAACUCUUCCAUUUAUUUUCUUUCCUUAAUUCAUAGUCUAGAUUCUGAAGCAGUCUUACCCCAUAUUUCCAUCGUUAAAGGGCAAGCAUAUUUCAACCUGAUAGUUUUCAGCUCCAAGGUCCAAGUUUCAAGGAAAGCAAUUUGCUUACUUGCUAACAAUUUAACUUUUUAUAUGAUAUGUUGCCAUAUUUCUAUAAAUAUUUGGGUUUCGAGAAGAUAGUUUGGUGAUUAUUUCACUUUCUAGAUAUUCCAAUAGUGUUAAGAGGCACAGAGAAAUAAUUGCAGUGCUGCUCUUAUCUUGGCAUUUCACCAAAAGUAAAUUUAUAAGUCAUAUUCACAACUAAACAAAAUGUAUGUCUCUAUUCCUAAAGUAUUAGAGAUUGGCUCCAUCACUAAACUUUGGAAGCAAUACAACCACUACCAAAAUAUUAUUUUCUCUGAAUGAAAUUCUGUGGUGGAAAUGGAUAUACUGAUAUACUUAACCAAAAGAUUGUUUAUACCCUGAGAAAAUUAGUCUUUUGAAGUAUUUUGAAAUCCAUUUUCCUUUCUCCAUUGGCAAUAUAUUUCUCAAGAGAGAUCAAUCACGUAAGACUUCUCAUUUGCAAAGUAAAAAUAAUUUAAUAACCUGAUGCAGAAUAGCACAGGAUAUCUAUAACAUGAAGUGGUAUGGGAGAGUUAACUUAAAUAAGGAUCUUUGGGUGAAACAACUGGCUAUUAAAUAGGUCCUCUGUUUCUAGAGCAAGAUUAUUCACUUCUUUAAGACUGAAGAAACAUUCAGGUAAAUCAUCCAUCAGACUCUGGAGCCCCAAAGGCUAUAGUAACAUACAUUUUGGAGCUAUAAACUGACUACAAACCUCUCCUAGUUCUUCUGCAAAGGAAGGGAAAAAAUCUUAAAAUCUCUGCAUAAACCUAGAGAGCAUUUCUUUUGGAAUGUUUACAAGAGUCUCACCACCAAAUCUUCUACAGCAGAAUUAGACUGAAUUAAGCCAAAGUAGGAACUGAUACCCUUAAUUAAGGUGUUUUUUUUUUUCCUCCUUCUAUUAGCUUCAGGUUCUACUGGUCUAUCCUCUGUGAAAAUUUCUUUUGCUGGGCAGUUUUUAAAAGCUGAAUGAAAGUUGUUUAACUUGCCUUAAUGUUCUUUCUUGGGCAAGAAUCUAAUUUUAAUUUACCUUGAUGAUGGGCUAUGCCCACUUUAAUUGAAAGUUUAUCAUUGUGCUCACAGCUAUUAUUUCUUCUUUCAGCUUAAAAAAAAAUGUCUCAGUGAUGGAUUUCUCUUGCAAAGAUGAAAGACAACAAUGAUGUUAGGGUUUGAUACAGGGGCAUGGUUAGUCAAGGGACCUACUCAGUGAAAAGCACACACGAAGAAGCUAAUGAUGGUAGAAACUAGUCUGGGCUAUAUCAGGAUACCUGAAUAUGGCUGAUGAAUCUCUCUAGACUGUUUUUUCCUCAAUUGAUUGGGUUGCUUUUGUCAAAAAUUGCUUUGACUGACUUUCUAACUAACUUUACUUAUUAUUUGGCUAAACCAAUCAGUUAGUUGAGUCAAAACAAUAUAACAAGCACAUCCAUGCUCACCUAUUCAAUUUCAAAAGCAUCUACUUUAUGGGAGGCCAAAUAAUAUUUGUUGGAUUUAUUUACAAUUGAACAAUGAAAGGGGGUUUUACUUCAUGAAAAAUAUGGCUAAAUAUUUUAAUAUCUUAUAACCAAAUGUUUGGUCAUCCACUAUUCUCUUCUUUUUGUGCCUGAAUUAAUUUUUUCAAUUUUAUAAUGGGAGGGAAAAGAAUUAUUAGGACUUCAAGUUUAUUCAGUAGUCUUGGCACAUUUUUUCCUUAUCAAAUAACUAAUCUAGUGCCACUCCCCUUAAAGAAGGUUAUACACACACACACACACACACACACACACACACACACACACACACACACAUACACAUACAUAGAACUUUUUUCUGUUUAAGGCAAAGACCUCUUAACCCUUAUUGAAUCAAAGCAGCAAAGAAAGUUACUUCUAGCUAUCAUGGAGAUUUCAUCCUUGGCCACAUAAUGAACUAGCCAGGAAGAAACUUUCAAGGUAGUUACUCCAAAUUUAGUGCUCAAUGAAAAGAGGAAGAUAAUACUAAAAACUACAUCUUCACAGCAUUUUGCUACAUUUAUAAACAUUGUAUAUCCAAUACUUAGCCUGUGGCAUAUAUAUGAUCCUUAGAACCACCUUGCAAAGUAUAUGAUGUACAAGUAUUAGCUGCAUUUACAAAUGAAGAAGCUUAGGUUCUGAAAGGUCAAAUAACUUAUCCAAGGGCAUAUAUUCUAAUACUAAAAGAGUCAGAGCCCACCCCAAAACUCCAGUCUCUUGAUUCCAGUGCUCUGUCCACUGCAUCAAGCUACUCCUCCAAAAAAAGAAAUUUAUACCUAGAUAUAGUUUUUCAAAAUCCCAGAUUAAUCUGACGUCUUUGCUUUGCUUUGCUUUGCUUACUCAAGGACCUCAUUUUGAAUGUCUUUACAGCAGUAUUCCCCCCUGUGUUUAUAAUACAUCUCACAUAUAUUUUUAUUGUUUCUUUUGAGUUUUUUCCAUUUUAUAUGAUUCUUCUAUUUCCCCCCAUGACACUGGCAAACUCCUCAAAGACAGGGACCAUGUCGUCUGCUUGCUUUUAAUUAGGUGCACAAUCUACUGCAAAGUAAGGGAACUAAACCAUUUGAUUUUCAAGGUCCCCUCCAGCUCUAAGUAUGUGAUCUUAGCCUAAUAUAAAUAACCAUAUGUACUUAAUGUAUUUCUGGGAGUGCAAAUUGUUUUAACAAUAUAAAGCUUUAGUUUCUGACUUAUCUUUUCAAUAGUCCUUAUCUCUGCCCAGAAUUUUUUAAAGUAUUCUAAUCAAAACAAAAAAAAAUAAAGAAAAAGGAAAGAAAAAAAAUUUUUUUUAAUUCUUGCCACUUAUAAAUAGUUAAGUUAUUUUUAGUCUGGUAGAAAUUUUUAGACUUGCAACCAAAAUUUAAAAACAUGUGCAAAUAUGAAUCUUGAAAAACUAAUGGGCUAAGGAAACUGAUAGAAAAUCUGAAAAAUAAGCAGACAGAUUUUUUUGGUUGCUCAGUAGCAGGAAUUUUUUUUUUAAAAGGGAUUUUGGAUUUUAUCUAAGAGAAAUACUUUAAAAAAUCAGAGAAGGGCAGGAAAGGAGGAAAGCAUAGAAAUCAAAGUAAUUUUUUUCUUCAUCAAAUAACUAGUGGCAGUUCCAAACUCUAGAGAAGGAAGGCAAUGAUUCCUCUUAUAUACAUAAGUAUAUAUGGAUAUGCUUUUAUAUAAAAUGUAUAGGAAAUACAUGCAUGUAUAUUAAUAUAUAUAUAGACAUAUGCAGAAUGAAUACUGUAAUAAUACAAGGCUGAAUUACAUUUAUACAUACUAGUCCUCUCUCCCAAUAUCUUUUAUUGUGUACACAUAUAUAUUCAUAUAUGUAUAUAUGUACAUAUAUAUAUAUCAACAAUGUGUCCUUUGGGGAGGGAGUUGUAGGAUAAAAAGGGUUGUAAAUUAUAUAUGAGAAUUCUUUAGUGCUUUAUUUAACAUUUUUAUCAUGUUGUAAAAAAAAGGUUAUGACUAUGGAGAAGUUAUCUUUUGCUGGUCUAUUAUUUUUUGGGGGAAGAUAAUGCAACAUUUGUAGAGCCCAGUUACAUCCAUAGAAUUGACAUUGGAUUAUUUAAAAAAAUAAUUCUAAGCACAUAAGGUAUUUUUUCUGAGGGGGGGGGUAAGAAAAUUCUAUCUUUUCCAUAAAACUAGAAGAGUUGCUAGUUUUAGAAGUUACAUAUAUGUUUAUGAGGCAUAUUGUUAUGUCUCCUAGGAGUAAGUAAAGUAAAACUCUUUGUAAAAACCAUCUUUUAAUUACAUAUUACAUUGGCCUAUUCCUCAUUUUUUUUAAAGUAACCAGGGUAUUUGGCAAUGAAAGAAUUAUUGGAUAAUAGUAGAAGUCUAAUUUAUAUAUUGCCUUUUAAAAAUCCUUCAAAUUAUGUGAACAGUCUAAGACUUUUUAACCCUUAUUUUUACAUAUGAAAAAACUAACUUUAAGAAGUUAAAUAACUUUAUCAAAGUUAUAGGGCUGGGAAGUGCUAAAGCUGGGACUGGAACACAGGUUUCAGGUUUCUAUUAUCCACUGCUCCUCUCCAUUAUUAUAGACUUUCCCUCUAGGAAUAGUUUUUCACCCUGCCAAAUAAUUUUCAGAGUCCCUUAUUCUGUCCGGUUUCUGAUUUCUUUCUGUCUCUGUCUUUGAAGUUGUGUUAAAAUGCAAUAAAAUAUUUGACAAAAGCUGUGGGCCCAUAAAUUUAACACAGAUAUGGAUUUUGAGUCUGUUUUGUUGAAUAGCAUCCAAAAUGCUGAGAAUAUUUUCUACUUUUCUUAAGGGUCCAAAGAUAUCUUCAAAGGUAAUAAGAAAUCUUCCAAGCUUCCUUUCCUCUCUCGGGAGAAGUCAGAACAUUUGGAAAAGGGAUACUUAACUCUUUUUUUCUUACAGGACAAACAGGAUUCAAAUUAAUUUUUCAAAUAAGAAUUUUCUAAGUCUUGAGUGAACAUCGAGGGCAGAAAAAGUGAAUAUUAUUAGUUCUGUACCUUUUCUAUCAUUGGAAGUUUGCUAUAUAAACUUUUUAAAAAUGAAUUUUACAAAUAUCAAAGGUUUGUCUGACAAUCCUCAAGGAAACAUGGGGGGGGGAAGCCAAGAAAAAAAAUAUUUGGCAUAUUCUUCCAAUUCACAAAUUUAAAGUUUCUUUGGAAAAUCAUUCUUAACAAUUUGGUUCCUUAUGUACAAUAAACAAACUAUAUUAUAGUGUCUUAUUUAAGGAUUUCAUGUGAAAUUACCAUUUAGAUUAUUUCAAUUAGUCAAAAGUAUAUGUUUCUGUGUUGGGGAAAGAGGGUAAGUUAAUUUAUAUUUUCAUUAUGUUGACCUUUUCCUUUUAAUGCUCUAAUUAGCACAAUGUCUGGCACAUACUAGGCACUUAAUAAAUAUUAAUUGAUUUGAAUUGAUUUAAUUAAUAGCAGUUGCUUUAUCUUAAAGGGUCAUACCAACAAAAUAAAAGUUGUAUGAGGAAGAGGGAAUGUUAGCUCAUAGAUUUAAUAUUUUAAUUUCUGUGAAUUUCUUUAGGUGAUUAUGAUGAAAUUUACUGGGAAGUUAGUAGGUUUAAAAAUAAUUCCAAAUGGGUGUUAGUGUUUGUUACAUAUAAAGAUACUUUGGAGGGGAGGAAGACAUGAAGAUUUCCAACGAGAUUCCAGACUCCCCCCCCCCCCAAAUCUAUAUGAAAGGGAACACAGUAUUCUGAGAUCAGGGAUAGGUAGAAGGCUGCAAACUGAAUCCCCGGUCUAAUCUAGGGAGAGACUACCGGAGUUCUGUUUCUCUUUGAAUGCAUUUCAAGCAUCCGUGCUGCAGGUGGUUUAAUCAGUCAGCCCACCAAUCCUACUCUCACUGUUAAUUCUGAUCUAUGACUGUUAAGAGCGUGAGAGACACGGGGCUUAAUAGGAAUAAAACUUUAUAAAAGUUGGGGGGGGGGUGUCACACAGAGGUGUUUAAAAGUUCACUCCCAUACCUUUGGUUUGAUCAGAUACCAAGUCAUAAAGUUGGCUUUUUCUGCAUCGUUUAUCUAACAGGUCCCCACAGAUGAUUUGGGGAAUGGUAACCACUUAAACAAGUAACAAGACUCCUUAUGCUGCGACGACUCUUCGCUGUCUCCGCUCCUGGAGAGCGCGGGAGCGAAGGCGCAUUGACUACACUGGAUCCAGUACCCGGGCAGCUGGAAGACCUCGCGAGCGGCUGGGGGCGCUUCGAGGUACAGUCUCCUGGCUACGCCAUGGAUUUAGAGCCCGAGGACUAUGACAACCGAACUCUCCCAAGUGAGAACGGCACCGAGAUGGCCACGGCAUCCUAUGAUCCUGAUUGGGGUGAUGGUGGUAAUAAGACCCGCUUAGAUGAUGUGCAGGUCUUUGUGAUUGGGCUGUACUCGACCAUAAGUCUGCUUGGUUUUAUGGGGAACAUGCUUAUCCUUAUGGCACUGAUGAAAAAAUGCAAACAAAAGACGAUUGUAAACUUCUUCAUUGGAAACUUGGCCUUCUCUGAUAUUUUGGUCGUGCUAUUUUGUUCGCCUUUCACGCUGUCUGCUCUCCUGCUAGAUCAGUGGGUGCUCGGUGAACUCAUGUGCCGUCUUAUGCCUUUUCUCCAAUGUACAUCGGUGCUGGUUUCAACUUUAAUCUUAAUCUCAAUUGCUAUUGUCAGGUACCAAAGGAUAAAAUAUCCCCUUUCCAAGAGUUUGACCAUCAGACAAGGCAGUUAUUUGGUUGGCCUUUCUUGGGCCAUUGGCUUUGUGAUUUGUUCCCCUCUUCCCAUCUUCUACAGGCUUGUAGAACCCAAUGGGAAUAAUGGUACAAAUACCACGGCCCCUAAGUAUGUGUGUAUUGAGGCCUGGCCAAAGGAGUCAUACAGAAUUGCCUUUUCUCUGUGUUUGCUGGUGGUUCAGUACAUACUGCCCCUGAUUUGUCUGAUUGUGAGUCAUACCAGUGUUUGCCGGAGCAUUACUUGCAAGAUGUCUACUAGGGAGAUGAAGAAGAGGCUGGAAGAGAAGGAGAAGAGGGAGAGGAAGGAGAAGAAGGAGAAGGAGAAGAGGGAGAAGAAGGAGAGGAAGGAGAGAGAGAAGAGAGAGAAGAAGGAGGGGAAGGGGAAGAAGGAUAUGAUUGAGUCAUUGGAGAUGAAGGAUAUGAGGGAGACCAAAGAGAUGAUGGGCAGAGACCCUAGUGACAUGGAAGAUGACUAUGAAGAUGACCUGGAUGACAUCGAGGAUUUAGAAGGCACCAUGGACAUGAAGGAUAUAAUGGAAUUGAGAGAGCUGAAGAGGGAGUUGAGAGAGAGGAGAGAUAGGAGAGAGAGGAUGGGUAGGAGAGGAAGAAGGAAGAUAAGGGAAAUGAGAGAACUAGAGGCAAUGGAAAACGUUGAAGAAGUGAUGGACAUUACUGAAAUGAUAGAAAUGAAAGAAAUUAAUCCCCCGAGGAAUGUGAGAGACAUGAGAGAUGUGAGAGAUGCGGAGGAGAUAGAGGACAUGAUCGACACAAGAGAGGUGAGGGACAUGGAGGAGAUAGAGAACAUGAGUGACACAAUGGAAAUGAGAGACAUGGGGCACAUGAGGGACCCGAGAGAGAUGAGAGACAUGAGGUAUGAGAUGAGGGGCAGGAGAGACAUGAGGGGCCCCAGAGAGAUGAGGGAUGAGAUGAGGGACACGAAGCAGCGAAGAGGAAGGAGCUGGAAGAGGGGAAGGAGGGGAAAGAAGGCGAUGAGAGAAAUGGAAAUUGAGGAGAUCGAAGAGAUUGAAGAGUUGGGUUCAAUGUAUGGGAUGUAUGAGAUGGAAGAGAUGGAGGAGAUGCAUGAGCUGGGUGAGCUGAAGGAUCCGAAUACUGGGGAUGAUGACUUGGAUGACAUGGAAGGCUAUGCGGCCAAGAACAGUGGACACCACAUUCAGCUCCCCAAGUUCCAAAGAUGGAGCUAUACAUUAAGCCGAAAACACCGCAAGAUGUACAACAAGAAGUCAUGCGUUGUACCUGUUUUGCGACAUCCUCCUCCUCCACCAGAGGCACCACCCAAAGAGAUUGAAGAAGAAGAAGAGGAAGCAGCAGAGCCUGAGAGGUGCAAGCUGACCAAUGCCAGUAAGAUCAUCCCAGGGGUGCCCAUCUGCUUUGUGAUUAAACCUGAAGAAAAGCAGCUAGAAGAGCCGGAGAUGCUGACCAUAUCUCGCUCCAUCUCUCGGAUCAGAAAGCGAUCUCGACGAGUUGUCUAUCGUCUAACCAUACUGAUAAUUGUGUUUGCUGUCAGCUGGAUGCCUCUGCAUCUUUUCCAUGUUGUUACUGAUUUCAAUGCUGGCCUUCUGUCUAAUAGGCAUUUCCGAUUGGUAUACUGUAUUUGUCAUUUGCUUGGUAUGUUGUCUUGUUGCCUUAAUCCUGUCUUGUAUGGGUUCCUUAACAAUGGCAUAAAAGCAGAUCUGAUGGCUCUUCUGCGCUGUGUUUAGAAUCUGCUAUGUUUAUAAUUUGCCAUUCUAAAAGCUGAAUAAGGAACAAACAAACGCUACGCUUCUCUAAAAUAUACAUAUAUAUAUAUUUAUGGCUGCUUUACAACAAAUAUAUUUUAUUGCAUGCAGAUUUAUUUAUGCAGGAGAAAAAGAAGCUCUGGAAAUGAAUUUAUUGGUGCCUAAUGAGUAAAAGACCAUUUAUUGACCCGCUAUAUAAUAUGACCAUUUCAUGUAGAUAUUGUGUGACAGAAUCAUGAAUGUCAACCAAACUGCAACUUCAUUGUAAAAUGUUGUCCUAUUGUGUAGUAUUUCAUCUGUGAUUUACAAGCAGCUGAAUAUAGUCAUCAUCCCACCACUUGGAGAAGAAAGAAAACCUGCAAAAUAUUUAAUGGACAAAAAAAAUUAAUUAUUAUUGUGAUGUUUAAAUAAGACUUCUUGUUUGCGUGUUUCUUGAUGUAACAACUAAAGAUUAUGUGUGUUUUUGUGUCUGCUCUGUGGAAAUGCAGAAACUAUUCAACUCUUGCCAGUUGAAUCUUAGCUAAAUGAGAGGUCCAUGCUUUAAGAGAUGGUACAUUGUAUUGACUGUUAGGGGACAUUGCGGAAACACCUAAAAAGAAAAAUGUUUUCCCCCCCUAGAGUUAUGCUUUAAGUGAUGGUACAUUGUAUCGACAGUUAGGGGACACUAUGGAAACUCCUAAAAGGAAAAAUGUUUUCCCCCCCUAGAGUUAUGCUUUAAGUGAUGGUACAUUGUAUCGACAGUUAGGGGACACUAUGGAAACUCCUAAAAGGAAAAAUGUUUUCCCCCCCUAGAGUUAUGCUUUAAGUGAUGGUACAUUGUAUGGACAGUUAGGGGACACUGUGGAAACAUCAAAAUGGAAAAAAAUGUUUCCCCCCCUCUAGAGUUUUGUUUGUGUCAGAUGGUUAAUUUGAUCUUAUGUUCUAAAACAAUGAUGUAACCUAAAGAUGGACUAAAAACUCUUUGGCUAAAUCUGUACAGAAAUAAAUAUUAAAUGUUAC